GGACCGUGUCUCAGUUCCCUUGUGGCCGAUCAGCCUCUCAGCCCGGCUACGCAUCAUUGUCUUGGUAGGCCAUUACCCCACCAACUAACUAAUACGACUUAUCCCUAUCAAUUAGCGAAAGCCUUGCGGCUCCCUUUCAUUGCCGAAACAAAAAAUGCGGCACCUGCUUCUUAUUACCCCAAUUUUCGACCAAAUCAGCCUUUAUUAAGAAUUUUUGACAAUGAUAAACAAUUCCCCCCUCCACUCACUUCACCCGACAAAAAAGGGGAGAAACAGAAUAAGAAAAAUAGUUAUAAGGAACAAGGAGAGGAAUUUCGUUGCUUUUCUGAAAAAAUAACCAGUAUUGAUGUGAGCAAUAACUCAAACUUAACGACUUUAGUGUGUUUAAGUUACAUUGAAAAUGAAAAUUUUAUUGAACCAGAAAAAACCUCCCUUAUCAACAGAUAUAGAACCUAUUACCCCGAAAUGUCUUUAAUCGACAUUUCCGAUCUCAACCAAUUAGCCGCUCAAGUAAAUGAACAAACUGCUAAUGACGAGAGCUUUUUAAAGCAAAUUUGCCCGCUCGAACCCGAGAAAUUUAUCAGAAACGAAGCAGGGAACUUUUGCGAAAUUCUCGAACGAAUAGCCAAUCGUAUUCUCGCUCGUUGCUUAAUUGUGCAAAAUCGUCUUGUUUGGGGAAAAGACGAAGAAUACGAAAGAGAAAUAAACCGUCGUAGUUUAAAAUACCUAUUUACUUUUGAUAAAAUUGCUCCCAAACACCCCCUCGGGGCUUACAUUCCUAAUCGCCAAAGAUUAGUUAAAAAAGUCUUAGCGGGCGACCAAGAACUAACUGACCGCCUUAAAGAUUUAUAUGACAAAGAAAAAGAGCUAAAAAUAAUUCGCGAAGACG